AAGCACAUGUUCUCUGCUUCCUGGAAGCCUGGUAUUUUUGUUGCAGUGUGCCGUCGUGGAUUCCUUUUGUCCAUAUGCAACAUGGUCCGCAGUGGCAAGCUGAUGAAAUAUCCGCUGGCGACAAUCAACAGAUUGAUGGAUGUUUUUGCCGAGCAGUUCCUUUACGGCUAUGAUAUCAAAUGCGCAUUCCAUUCCAUCCUUCAACGCUCAUCCUUAGGACCUGCUGUACAAGACCUUGGUAUUGAGGGUGUUGUGCCUGGAUUCCAUGGACAUGCCCAUAACCGUCUCUGUCAAGUCCAACAUCACUCUAAGUUCAUGCUUGGCGCUGGCAAAGAGAACUUCGAGACUUGUGAACAAACAUUCUCAGAGUCGAACACCCUGGCACCUGGAAUUCGAAACUCAACAGAGUUUCACAGGCAUCAAGCCCUUGAUGAGCAUUUUUGUUUUGCUGAUCAAGACAAGUAUGCUGCUCUCGGUACGUUCAUUGCCACUGAUCCUGUUGCCUGA